GGCCCACACGCACCGCCCUAGCUAGAAACUCUCUCUUGACUCUUGAGUCUUGCCCAUUGCCAUGGUUAACUUCGUAGCUUUCUAGUGUGCCACCGCCAGCCACUACAUUCUUCAGCUCGCUGUUUGUUACUUCUCUCUGGCUCUCUCUCUCUCUGUGUGCAAUGUGUUGAGAGCUUGGUGAGCAAAAGAAAAAAGAGUUGAAGCUUGAACGUACGUACGUGAUGAACUCCAACAUAAUUGAGUCUAAAGAAACCGUUGAAGAGCAAUAUGAGAAAGAUGAAGGCAUGAAAAGCAAUGAGACUGAGCUAACCAAAAUUCUUCUGAUGAGAGCCUUCGUCGAAAGGCAGGAUCCCUCCUCCAAGGAAGUAGAUGAUCAGACGAUUAGAAGGUUCCUUCGAGCUCGUGACUUAAAUAUAAAGAAAGCUUCUGCCCUGUUCCUCAAGUUCUUGAAAUGGAGACAAACAUUUGUUCCAAAUGGUUCAAUUUCUGCAUCAGAGGUUCCAAAUGAAAUUGCUCAGAACAAGAUGUUUCUGCAAGGAAUCGAUAAGGAAGGACGACCCAUAAUGGUUGUCCUUGGUGCUAGACAUUUUCAAAACAAAGGGGGUAUAGAAGAAUUCAAGCGUUUUGUAGUCUACGGACUCGACAAAGUAUGUUCAAGGAUGCCCCCUGGACAAGAGAAGUUCGUUGCCAUUGGUGAUCUUCAAGGAUGGGGGUAUUCAAAUACUGACAUCCGUGGAUACCUUGGAGCUCUAUCCAUUUUGCAGGACUUCUACCCAGAAAGACUAGGGAAGCUUUUUCUCGUCCACGCGCCUUAUGUAUUCAUGGCGGUAUGGAAAAUUGUGUACCCUUUUAUCGAUGAAAAUACCAAGAAGAAGAUAUUAUUUGUAGAGAACACAAGGUUGACAUCAACUCUGCUUGAAGAAAUUGACGUGAGCCAGCUCCCAGAGAUAUAUGGCGGCCAACUGGCAUUAGCACCAAUCCAGGACAGCUAAUGAAACAACCUGCAUGGAGAAGACAUAAAAUGAAUAAAUUGCCCUUGUUUCUUUGCAUAUCUGAAAAAACAAAAAAGAAUAAGUAAUAUUUUUGUACUAGUAAUUUUCUAUCCUUCUUGGAAAGUGAAAAUAAGAGUCAAAUUUUUUAUCUUUA